CCGCCGGGAGGGGGCACGGCGGGGCCGGGAGGGGCUCGCGGGAGCUGCUGAAGCGGAUGCCUUCACCUGGGGCUCUCCAUCAGUGAGCGAGGCGAGAAGAGGCAGUCGGGUCUCGAGAACUACCUCUGGAUGGUUUAAAAAAAAAAAAAAAAAACAGAAAAGAAAACAGGAAAAAACCCAACUCUGCAAUCCUCUGCUCCCCCAGGCUCAACACCAUAAGGGACUGCUAUAUUUGAGGCUGUCAGAAGGAUGGGAGAGAGAGACUGAGAGUCAGGGCGAGAGAGACGGUGCCACAGCAGCGAUUACUGAAGAGGAGUCCUAUUACAUUUUGAUUCACCUCAGCUCCUGAGCAUCAUCAGUUUUCACUCAUACAAGACCUAUUCUGUGGAGAUAAUUUCUGUUUUGAAAGACAACUUCCCUACAGCCAAUUUGGAGAGUUGAGGCUAAGCUUUAAUGAAGAAACAUCAGCAUUGCUAACAACUGCUCAAAGAGGGACAGAAGACCUUUGUGACCAAGGAUGUGGUUGUCAUGGAAACUGUUGCUGUUUCUGUCACUCACUGGCUGUCUUUCAGAAUAUUCAGAAGCUGUUCCUGGUCUCCCCACUUCAUAUGCUGCUAUCCUAAGAAUCAAAUCUGGUAGUUCAUCUUUAGCCUCAUUUAAUUCAAAGAAUAGACCACGAUUAAGCAGUUCUUCAUUAGGAAGUGUAUCUUCACCAGGCUGGAGAGGAGCCGCACAACAUUAUCAUUCCCCAACAAACCUCUAUCACUUUUCAGACACCUUCAAACAUGAUGAAAGUGUUGAUUAUGGGCCAGUGUUUGUACAGGAGCCAGACGAUAUGAUUUUUCCAACUGAUUCUGAGGAAAAGAAAGUGUCUCUCAAUUGUCAAGCUCGUGGAAACCCUACUCCCACAUACAGAUGGCUUCGAAAUGGAACUGAAAUCGAUAUUGAAAGUGAUUAUCGCUUCAGUUUAGUAGAAGGAAGUUUGAUCAUCAACAACCCCAGUGAAAUGAAGGAUUCUGGACAGUAUCAGUGUUUAACUACCAACACGUUUGGCAGUAUUCUAAGCAGAGAGGCUGUUCUUCAGUUUGCAUAUCUGGGAAAUUUUAGUGGUCGAACAAGAAGUGCUGUCUCUGUACGUGAAGGUCAAGGAGUUGUUCUGAUGUGCUCCCCUCCACUUCAUUCUCCAGAGAUCAUCUAUAGCUGGGUAUUUAAUGAAUUCCCAUCUUUUGUGGCAGAAGACAGCAGACGCUUCAUCUCUCAGGAGACAGGCAAUCUCUACAUCUCCAAGGUGCAAACAUCCGAUGUUGGCAGUUACAUAUGCCUGGUAAAAAAUACAGUGACAAACGCCAGAGUUUUGAGUCCUCCUACACCUCUGACAUUGAGAAAUGAUGGUGCCAUGGGGGAAUAUGAACCAAAAAUUGAAGUCCAUUUUCCUUACACAGUUACAGCUGCAAAGGGAUCUACUGUUAAGAUGGAGUGUUUUGCACUUGGCAACCCUGUUCCAACAAUCUCUUGGAGGAAAGUUAAUGGUCAUAAUCCAAGUAAAGCCCGCCUGAGAAAAUCCCAAGCUGUGCUUGAAAUACCUAAUGUGCAGCUAGAGGACGCGGGAAUGUACGAAUGUAAAGCUGAAAAUUCUCGUGGAAGAAAUGUCUUCAGAGGACAACUACAAGUGUAUACCUACCCACACUGGGUGGAGAAACUUAAUGAUACACAGUUAGACAGUGGAGAUCAGCUCCGAUGGGAAUGUAAAGCCACUGGAAAGCCAAGGCCCACAUAUCAUUGGCUGAAAAAUGGAGUUCCUCUCUGGCCUCAGGUACACUUGGACACUGGCGACAAGGAGUCACUAAGCAGGAUUGAGAUGGUUAAUGGUGUUCUGAUGAUCCACAGUGUGAAUCUCUCAGAUGCUGGAAUGUAUCAGUGCUUAGCAGAAAAUAAGUAUGGCACCAUUUAUGCCAGUGCUGAGCUGAAAAUUUUAGCUUCAGCUCCCACUUUCCCACAAAAUCAAAUGAGGAAAACAAUAAUUGUUACCAAAGGUCAAGAAGUUCUCAUUGAGUGCAAACCACAAGCCUCUCCAAAGCCAACUAUCACCUGGAAGAAAGGAGACAAAGCCUUAAGGGAGAGUAAGAGGAUAACUAUUCUUCCACAUGGGAGUCUACGAAUCCUGAAUGCUUCCAAGUCUGAUGAAGGACGGUACUUAUGCCAAGGUGUAAAUGUAUUUGGAUCUGCAGAAAUCAUUGCAUCAAUAUCUGUAAAAGAACCUACAAGAAUAGAACUGACUCCCAAGAAGAUAGAGUUAACGGUUGGAGAAAGCAUUGUCCUCAGUUGCAAAGCCCUUCAUGACAGCACACUUGAUGUUACUUUCUAUUGGACUCUCAAUGGGCAGCCAAUUGACUUUGAAAAAGAAGGUGGACACUUUGAAAGCAUCAAGGCACAAGCGUCCUCUGCAGAUUUAAUGAUCAGGAACAUCCUCUUGAUGCACGCUGGGAGAUACGGUUGCAGGGUCCAGACUGCAGCGGAUACUGUGUCAGAUGAGACGGAGCUGCUUGUUAGGGGUCCUCCUGGUCCCCCAGGGGUUGUAAUAGUGGAGGAAAUUACAGACACCACAGCAACACUCUCCUGGAGUCCUGGGGCAGACAAUCACAGCCCUAUCUCCCUCUACAAUCUGCAAGCACGCAGUCCAUUUUCUCUUGGCUGGCAGACCGUAAGAACAGUUCCAGAUCUGAUCAGUGGUGACAUGGAGUCUGCUAUGGCUGUGGAACUGAACCCUUGGGUGGAGUACGAGUUCAGAGUAGUAGCAAUGAAUAAAAUUGGGACUGGAGACCCAAGUGCACCAUCACGAGUGAUCAGAACAAAUGAAGCAGUUCCAAAGACACCUCCAGCUAACGUAAGUGGCAGAAGUGGAAGGCGACAUGAAUUAGUAAUUGCAUGGGAGCCAGUGUCAGAAGAGUUUCAGAGUGGAGAAGGAUUUGGAUAUAUUGUAGCCUUCAGGCCAAAUGGAACUCGUGGAUGGAAGGAAAAAAUGGUGACAUCUUCAGAUGCCUCAAAAUUCAUCUACAGAGAUGAAAGUGUGCCACCUCUGACUCCUUUUGAGGUGAAAGUUGGUGUUUACAACAACAAAGGAGAUGGUCCAUUCAGCCCUAUUGUUGUCAUCUGUUCAGCUGAAGGAGAACCUACUGCUGCUCCCAUCGAUGUCAAAGCUACGAGUUUGUCUGUAUCAGAGAUUCUUGUUGCGUGGAAACAUAUUAAAGAAAGUCUAGGAAGACCACAGGGAUUUGAGGUUGGAUACUGGAAGGACAUGGAGAAGGAAGAAGCAGCAGAAAAGGUCAAAACGGAGGGAAAUGAGUCAUCCAUCCUCCUGACAGGAUUAGAAGGAAACACAUUAUAUCACCUAACAGUGAGGGCGUACAACGCUGCAGGGUAUGGACCACCUAGCACUGCUGUGCAUGCAGCAACCAAGAAGUCCCCUCCCAGCCAAGCACCAGGCAAUAUUAUGUGGAUACAGGAUGGUUCACAUGUGUCUCUUGGGUGGGAACCAGUCAGACCUCUAGCUAAUGAAUCUGAUGUAAUGGGAUACAAGGUAUUUUUUCGGCAAGAAGGGCAGAGCAACAGUCAAGUUAUAGAAACACAGAAAACCUCCGCGGUGGUACUUCUUCCUGAUGUUGGUGUCUACAUCAUUGAGGUCUGUGCAGUUAGUGAAGGAGGGGAUGGGACUGCAAGUCCCCAGAUCAGAGUUCCAUCUUUUUCAGGAGGGAAAGUAACAAGCGCUCAAUCCACCUUACAUAUGUUGUCUACUUCCUCGUCCUCUGUAACAUUGCUUUUGGCACUGAUGGUACCUUCAACAUCAUGGUGAAGGUUUCAGACUUUGUUGUUAUUUCUUUGCUUUAAUUUAAUGACACCAUAGGGUGGAGUUUUAUGUCUGUGGAGAAACUGGAAACAUGAGCUAAUGCUUAAAGAACCAUAGAAAUGCCUGUGGUGCACUUAGAGGAGUGUUGGAGACACGGUCAAUAAUUCAUCAGGUUUUUAUCUCUUCUUUAUUUGUAAAAGUCCUCUGGGGGAGGAGACACUUCUUGGCCCAAAAAUAUGCAGAUUGUAUGUAAUAAACUUUUGUAAGCAAAGAUAAUUUCUGUCAAAUGUAUUUUCCUUUUUUAAUAUGUUCGAUUUUGGUGAGCCCAGUCAUGUGUCAUCAGGUAUUUAAAAAGUGGUAUCUAGUACAGUACAUCUGUUUGGUUUGGAAAAAAAAUCCUUUGAUGCAGCUUUGUCGAAUACUUUGCUCACAUCCCCAAUAACUGGUUGUUUCUACCAACAACCGAAAAAAAUAUAAUUUAUCUACACAGCCCACUGCAAAAGUAAAGAGGAUUUGUUCUGAAAAUGUAUGAUAUGUAUUUAAUUAGCAAAAAGAGCUGCCAAUAAAGUAUUGGACAGGAUACUCAGAACAUGGCAAAAUGGAGCAGAAAAUCCAUUUAUUUUAUUGCAAGGUAAAUGAAAAAUUAUUAAAUACAAACUUAAGAGGAAAAACGUUUUUAUUCAUCAAAUACUGCAAGAUAUUACGUCCAAUGAUCAGAUAUAGAUUUUCAAAAGUAAAUAAGAAACCAAUUCCUACUGCAUAUCACAAGGAAAAACUGCACUGGGCAUUUAAAUAUGACAUACACUGAGAUCAUAGGUAGACAAAUAAAGCAACGCAAGGAGAUAAACCUACUUUUUUCCAACCACUUCUCAGCUUUUUUUUCCUCAACUUUCUUUUUCCUCUGAGUCCAUUUUUUAGUAACACUCUGUGCUCUAUAUAGAUAGUAAUCAAGUUGAAGUAUAUAUGAAAGCAUAUUAUGGAGAGAAUAUUAACAUUUUUCAGAAUUUAAUCAUUCACAUAUAUUCAAACUGCAGUAAGAUAUAUUUUGGAGGAUUUAAUGUCUGAGAAAAAAUACUUGGAGAAGUACUACAGAGCAUCAUUCCAGGUAUUUAACUAAUUGGCUCUAUUUCUAUAGUUUACUGGAGAUUAUUCUUGUAGGGACUGUGUGCUAUCAGUUUUAAUCCCCAGUUUUUGCUAUACCAAACAAUUUUUCAUUUAACAGACAAUAUGGACAAUUUUUCUGCAUUGAAAGGCCUUUCCAUGUAUUGGCACCUGAAGCAAAAUAAUUCCCAGAGUAGAUGAUGUGCAAUUACUGUGUACACAAUUACUGUGUGCACAGUGCUGUGACAAAGGGUGUUUUACUAACAGAUCUAGGGAUCAAGCCUAGGAUAAACAUUCCCUCACCUGGGAAAAAUCAGGUCAAAAAUGUUUAACAUGAAAGUCCUAACAGCACAGUUCUUCUAGCUGUCCAUCCCUCUAAAAGGUUUUGAUGAAAAUCUAUUUUAAUUGAUGAGUUCUGCAAUCAAAAUGCUAUUAUUUUGCCUGUUCACUAGCAAAAUAAUUUUUGGCAUUUAGCUAAAUGUGCUCUUUCUCAGCAGCUUUAAAAUAGUAGACAAGAAAGCACAACACAGAUCAAGUGCUUAGUAGGCAAAAAGCUGACUGGUGACUAAAUAUUUUUUCUUUUUAAUAUUUUAUCAGUAAAAUUUUUCAGAGAAAGUUCAACUCAAAUCUUUCUUAUCCACUAAUAUUUUAAAUAAUUUUUUUAAGAAAUAGCAUUUAAAUUUACUUAGUCACCAUGUUACUAGGGAAACAAAGGCAGGAUAGCUAGCUAAGCACAGGCUGUAGGUAAACAGAAAGAGACCUUCUAUAUCUCUGCCUUCUGGAAAAUCCUUUGAGAUCAAAGAAAGGAAGAUGUAAUGUACCUUGCUGAUAGAGCAAACUCACAGAAAAUAACUACCUGCUGUCAUUUGUAAAACAGCAGCACUGUUACUAUGCAGAGAACCUGCAUUAGCAAUCUACCAUCUUUCAAAAGGUUAAAAUAAACAAGAAUAAAGUGACGAACCAAAAAGCAAAAUGGCUAUUUUAUAAAUUAAGCAUAAUUUCCUCUAUUUUUUUAUACAGUUGCUUGCCAAUGCAGUUUAUUUCAGAGUAUUCAAAAAGGCUACACUCACUGCGGUGGCAUUUUCUGAAUGGCAGUUAAAAUUUCUGAAUGCGAUAAAUGGAUACGCUUUAUAAGAAGAAUAAAAUCUGAUAAGGAGAUAGAACUCCAUCUAGAUACAUCUCGAUCUCUAGUAUGAAGAUAAAGAUAGAAGUACUGAACAUACCAUCAGGUAAUGUAGUUGUAUUGCAGGGACAAAAAGGGGUAUGUUUUAUAUUCAACAUGAACAAAAUAUGUAUUUUGCAUCUUAAAUAUAUUAAUAAACAUGUUUUAAAUGUUUAAGUACCUAUGUAUUACCUAUUUGUUACUUUGUAGAAGAUGUUUCCUUAUCAUAACAUUUUUUAGUUGCAAGGGAAAGACUUUUCUUUUUUCAUGUAGAAGAUUGUAAUAGUGCAGUCUGGCGUCACUGAGGAGACUGUAUUUUUGUAUAAGGCCACAAUAUCUGUUCAGAAAAAAAAAUAAUUAGAAAGAAACUUUGUUUCGCAGACCAAAAGAAAGAUACUGUCAUGGUCCAUAUCAAAAUGUUAGAUAUAUUGUACAAUCUGUAUAUAUGCUAUAUAUAAUGGUAUAUACAAUGUGGAAGACACAGUAAUAUAAUAGUUUCUGUGUACUGUUCUUGUAACAUUAGAUCUUUUUAAUAAAUUAUUCUCUUUUUAUUGGUUUUUAUCUUA